AUGGGAUGCAAAAAGCUACUUCAUCUUUUACGCAAAGAUGCACUGCUUUUAUGGAGAUCAAAAGUUUGGACUGCAUUUGAGAUCCUUCUUCCUCUGAUUCUCAUUGCUGCUCCGCCUCUUCUGAUUUUGGCGGUGAGUUUAAAAUGCUUAUCUCGAUAUGAUGAUAUAGAUAUAAUAAGAAGCUUACCAGUCUAUGGGGGAAAAACGAAUCGCUGGGAUUUCAUUGAAAAAGCUCGAGAUUGUGAAAACGUCGUUUAUUUUGUGGAGAAAAACAUGUCUAGUACAAUUGCCAUAAAAGGGAAGGGAAAUCAACACUCGUUUGAUUUCAAUGGCUACAUGUAUUACAUGAACAAAAUAAUAUUUGGAAUUUACGAAGCAAAUGGCGGAAAGAUUGACUCGCUCUCUGAUAUACGGACAAUGCAAUCUUAUGGACAUCCGAUCGAUGAUAACGAACUUCACACUCUUCCGAAAGUUGAUGAGAUGAAACUAGGACAAUUGAUAAUUCUCAUAUUCCCCUUUUUUUACGGAAUUUGUCUAGCAAUGCCUGUGAUUGCGGCAACACGGAAUUUGUUAGUCGAGAAGGAGAAUGUUAAACCCUACCUUAGCACAAUGGGUCUUCCCAUUUGGCUGUUCUAUCUGGAACACUUCAUUUUUGGAGUCCUCAAAACCACUGUCCUUAUCACUCUGACAUCACUCAUUUGGUGUGCUUGUGUCACUGGAUUCCCUGGUUAUAUCCUCUUGGGAAUCUUCUUCUAUACUUUCAAUUGCAUUGCCUUUGCUAUUUUCGUUUCCACAAUUUUUCCAUCAGCAAAGAGGGCUGUCGAAGGAAUGGUUCUUAUUUGGUUGGCUUUGGUCAUUUUCUCAUUAUUGUAUACUCCGACUGGACCCAUGGCAUAUGUGAUUUCUUUGAAUCCGACACAUGCACUCAAGAAUUAUAUUGGAGCUGUUAUAUGGGCUUAUGCGGAAGAUGAAAUCUCAUUUGGCGAUCUAUUCAAAUCAAACGUUGUUGGCUUCCCGCCAGCAGCUGUCUAUCUCGCUUUCAUGAUUUUUAAUACCAUUUGGAUGUUGGUCGCUGCCAUUUUCAUGGAGAAACUCUUUGCUUUCUUGGGUCAUGUGAUUUUUAAACACAUUUGGGGAGUUCUGAGCAAUCGAAAGAACAAAACAAAGACUGGAAUGACAUCGAGAAUCGGUGUAGAUAAAUCGACAAUUUUGGAUGUGCAGGAAACGUUGGAAGGACGGACCACGGCGGCUAUAGAUAUUGAGUUGAGUGGUCUUGUGAAAGUGUAUCCGAAUGGAGAAAAAGCUGUGAAUGGAUUGUCAUUGAGAGCUGUGAGAGGACAAGUUUCGAUUCUUUUGGGUCAUAAUGGUUGCGGAAAAAGUACAACGUUUGGAAUGAUAACUGGAAUGCACAAACCAACGGAAGGGAAGGUUAUGAUAGCAGGAGUUGAUGCCAAUAAGAAAAGAUCUGAAGCUCGGAAACUAAUUGGAUAUUGUCCACAAUACAAUCCAAUAUACGAAAAGCUUACUGUAAUGGAACAUUUGAGACUGGUGAAUGCUUUGAAGGGAGGAUCGGGAGAGACGUUUAAGGCGGAGGCAAUGAGUCUUUUAGAACAAAUCGAGCUAACUGAUAAGAAGGACACUUUGGCAAAAAAAUUGUCUGGCGGAAUGAAACGAAAACUUUGUGUUUGCAUGGCAAUGAUUGGUGGAAGUCGAGUGAUUCUCCUUGAUGAACCUACUGCUGGAAUGGAUCCUGCUGCGAGAAUCGAUGUUCAGAAGAUGUUGGCACUGGUGAAGGCUGAUAGAACUAUCCUGUUGACUACUCAUUAUAUGGAUGAAGCUGAGAAGUUGGGAGAUUGGGUUUUUGUGAUGUCUCACGGAAAGAUGGCUGCAUCGGGAUCUAUUCACUUUUUGAAGCAAAAGUACGGAGGUGGAAUGUUGUUGACUUUGGUUUUCAAGACCAUUUCCGAUCCGAAGAAGAGUUAUGAGAGAGCGCUAAACGUUUGUAAAGCUAUUUGUCCGACGGCUACUGUGAAUUGUUUGAGUUUGAAGAUCUCAUUUUUUCAGAAAGACGAGCGAGGCCAAAUGAUGGAGAUAUCGAUUGCAGAGCGAGAGAAGGGUCUGCUUCCAAGACUCUUCCGUGCUCUUGAAGCUAUUACAGAACGGAACUUCAAUUCUCCAGAUAUCACGUCCUUAGGACCCUCUAUUCAUAAUCAGGCUCAAAAUUUGGAUAUUGUUACAGUAGGAGUUUCGAUGAGCUCUCUGGAGCAGGUUUUUAUCAAAAUUGGAGAUGAAUGUGAUAUGGUGAUCAAUAAGAAUACAGGAAGUGAUACGAAAGCGGAGAGAAAAAAGAGGUUUGCCGGAUUGAUAAAGGCGAAGAAACAACCUCCAAAACAAGGAUACCCGAGGAAACUGAUGACACUGACAGCUCUUCUCCAGAAGCGUGCCUACUACAUUUACCGUAACCCGAUUCAAAUAUGUCUCCAAAUUAUCCUGCCACUCGCUACACUUUGGUUACUUGCGAACACGUUCAAAGGAAUGGUAUCAAGUCCGGCUUCUAAGAAAAUGGUUCAAAUCGAGUCGUUGGAUCUUUCUGAGUUCCCUCAAUCUACAGUAAUUUUGCAAAUGGAAGAAUCGGAUAAGCGAAUUUUGGAUUAUCUUCACAAGUUUUCAAAUCUGAAUGUGAUGGAAGUUUCAUAUGAUUUGGAUAUUAAUGAAGUUGUCAAAAAAUAUGCAAUGGGUUUCUCAAUACUUGGAUUUGUGCUAAAAGUGAAUAAGAAAAAAAUAAGUGCUAUUUAUUUUAAUGAGCAAAUGGAAGAGCAAUACAAAAAUAAAGCAAUUCUAACAAAUUUGCUCUCAUCGGCAAUGUAUUUGCAUUCGAAUAUUGCUAAGGAAUUGCCACGCAUUUCGUCUAAUAUCUAUUGGAUGAUGGAUUCUGAAGGAGUUUCAAAAGUGAGUAUUUUUCUAAUCAUAAUGGAUGUCGCUUUCAUUCUUCCCACUCUCUCCCUAAUUCUUGCUGGAGUAAUCGUCCAAUCCGUUGUGUACCUGAUCGAAGAACGUGUUUGUAAAUUCACCCAUCAACAAUAUCUAACUGGACUCUCUUCGUUUGCCUAUUGGGGUGUUGUUUUCCUUUGGGAUUUUCUUCUUUUCACUUUUAUCGUGUUUUACACUCUGAUCUUCAUCUGGGCUUUUGGAGUAUUUGCUGGUCAUGUUCAUGAAAUCGUCAUUCUCUUCUACUGCUUCCUUUUCUACAUGGCACCAGUCGUUUAUCUAACCUCGAACCUCAUCAAUUCCCCUACCAAAGGAUCUUUCCUUUUCUACAUUUUCAUGAUUGUCACUUAUUUUGCUUGCGCCAUUUGUUUCAUGACGAUUGGAAUUCAUGGAAAAGAUAAGGAUAAAGAAGGGAUAAAGGUAAAUUUCGAAUUUUUUAAAGUUUUUUUAAUCGAUAUUUUCCAGUGGGGAUUCCGAAUCGCCAGUCCAAGCGUCGGUCUGUUCUUGGGAAUAAUCAAGGUCACUGGUGUAACUUAUGAGCAUUCUGGAUUGGCCAAAAAGCCGUUUGAUGAGAUUGAAAGCUCGUGGGAGUUUAAUGGAAUUUUGAUUGAAAUCAUGUUCCUUUUGGGUUUUGCCUUACUGAUGACUGCAUUUUUGUGUUGUACCACAUUAAAGCCAAUCCGAAGAUCUUGUUUCUCGGUUUUCCACAGAAAAUCUAAACCAAAGUCAAGAGUUCAAUAUAAAGGGAUUGAAUCGUGCUCAGCGGUGAAAGAAGAGGAGGAGUUGAUUCCAAAAGUGGAUCCGAAAGAUAAGGUUAUCGUUGUGGAUGGUCUCAUCAAAGAUUUCGGAAGUUUCCGCGCUAUCAACGGUCUAUCCGUUUCAGUCGGUCACGAGGAAUGUUUUGGAAUGCUCGGAGCGAAUGGAGCUGGAAAAACGACCACUUUUGAUAUUAUCACUGGACUCACAAUGCCAACUGGAGGAAAUGUCACCAUUGAUUUGAAGGAUAUCACCAAGGAUAUUGUACAUAACUUUUUUUUUCAAGAUUUUAGAUUUUUUUUUCAGCAUAUCGGAUAUUGCCCACAAUUCGAUGCGAUGCUCCAACAAAUUUCCUGUAGGCAGACUUUGAUAGUAAUGGCAAAACUUCAAGGGUAUCCAAAUGUGAACGAAGUAGUGGAAAUGAUUCUGGAGUGUGUCGGAAUGAAGGAGCAUGGAAAUAAAUUGGUCAAGAAUUGCAGUGGUGGUCAAAAACGGAAAAUCUCGGUUGGAAUCGCUUUAAUGUCCCGUGCACACUGUAUCAUUCUUGACGAGCCAACUGCUGGAAUAGAUCCACGAGCCCGUAGGGAAAUCUGGGAUAUUAUUCAUGAAAUGAGAGAACAAGAUAAGUGCUCAAUCGUCCUGACAUCCCAUUCAAUGGAAGAGUGCGAAGCACUGUGUACGAGAAUUGGAAUUUUGAGAAAAGGGGAAAUGAUUGCGUUGGGAACGAGUCAAUCGUUGAAAUCACAAUAUGGAAAUACCUACAUGAUGACUUUGGUUUUACAUCAAAUUAAAGAUCGGGAAGCUGUGUGUAAGAAAGUGUCCCAAGAAAUGCCAGAGGCUGUUUUGAAAACUCCAGAAUCCAGUUUGACGACUAGUCUCGUUUGGGAGGUUCCAAAGAAAAAAUCUGACAAAUGGUCCGAGAAAUACAGAGAGGUGGAAGCAUUGGCAAAGAAGGCGAAUGCAAAAGACUACAUGCUGGCACAAGCAUCGCUCGAAGACACUUUUAUUCGACUCAUUACUACUGAUUGA